CAAAUACUGUCUCUCGACGACAGCAAAAAAAAUAUUCAGAGAUAUUUCUAGGGUUUCUACACCAACAGAGACACUAAAAAAAAGAGAGAAAGAAAUGUCUGGAAAGGAAGAGAAUCGAAUAUUUGUUGGAGGUUUGUCAUGGGACAUCACUGAACGACAGCUCGAAAAUGCGUUUGAUCGAUUUGGAAAAAUCGUCGAGUGUCAGAUUAAAUUGGUCGGAUCCUUAUUUUAAUUUUGCAAGCAAGGGCUCAGCAGUGGUCUCGGGAUGUGUGGAUUGUUGAAGUUAAAAUACAGGUUUUUUUAAAAAUUCCUAUCGGGGUAAAGAGUUGUUUUUUGAGGAAUGAUAUGACAGUUGGAAAAGUUGGGAAUGGACAUGAUUGUUUGGUUAAGCGAUUCAUUGGCUUUGACAGUUGCUGUUGCCUGGAUUCGUGGAUGAUGUACUGGGGAGUCUAACUGAAAUUUCAUGAACACAAAGAGCUUAAUUUUUUUGAGGAUCACAUACAUUCUCUUUCAGCUGGUUUUUCCUUGUUAGUUGAACCAGAACAGUACAAAGGUUAUGUGGGAAGAUUUUUCAAGCUGGAAGCUUGUCUCUGUGGUUCUUCCUUGGAUGUUUAUUGGUGUGGAUUUUAUGUCAUUAUGCUUUCCUUCUCUGAGAAUCUUGAUGGUUACAAAGUGCCAUGAAUGUCGUUCUGCAGUAUAGCGUAUGAGGAAUUUUUUUAGGACUUCUAUGUCAUCGUGUUUCUUUGCCACACUUGACUUUCCCUACACUGAUAAUCAGAAGUUCUGCAUCCCUUAUGCUUGACCUCUUUGUUAUAGACAGCAUGCACGAACUUCGAUUUUGGCAUGUACUUUGGGUGAUAUUGUAUCUGUGGUUUCCCAGGAAUAGAAAGCUAGUUCUGGCUUAUCAUGCUCGAUGUUGCAGCUCGUUUGAAGCAGUUAAAGCUGUCUCUUUCUGCUUGAAAGUGAAUCCUUUAGAAUGCUAGUCCUGUUUGAAUUAAGGUUCCUGCUUUUCAUCCUCGCAUUUAGUCCUCAUCUUUGAACUUUAACCAGCUUCUUGCUUAUUUCCUAUAACAAUAUUUCUGUUGGUGGACUCAAUAUUCCAGAUAAGUUUUCAGAGCAUGGAUAUGGCUCAUAAACAUUGAUUAAAUUGCACACUGCACCCUGCACUCCAGCAUUUGUAGGUCACCCUGUUCGUUGCCUUGUUUGUCGGUGGAUCCUUAGCAAUUGCUUUUGUCUGUUGGGAGCCUCAGGAGCCAUAAGUUGUAUUUAUUGUUUUGAUGUAGCGGAACUUGCAGAGGACAGAUUCAGUGUCGUCUCAGCAAUACAGAAUUGGGUGCCUCGUAGCUUUUCAGUGGCUGUUUUGUUAAUUUAAAAACUGCCUUUACCAGUUAGAAGCAAGGCUAUCUGUUCUUGGAAACUGAAAAUGCUGAUAUGUGGAUCUUGUCAGACCUGCACGUUGAGCAUAUGCAGUUGUUAGCUGCUGGAAUUGUUUUCUUUUUCUCUUUCUCUCUCUUUUCAUAUCCACCAUUCUUUAUCCGCUUUGUAACUGGACAUUGGCUACCAGCUACCACAAGCACUGAAAGUUUUCAGCAUUAACACAAUUGACAGUAGUCUUAGUUUUCUGGUUCAUAAAGCUUUGUCUGAGUGGAUUUGGGCAAUUCAUGACUGCAUAUCUGACUAUGUGAAUCAAGUUCUUUUUGUCCAUUUAUUGUGUGGGCAGAUGCAUUGACAAAUUCAUCGUAUCUUGAUUGCUUAGUUGAGUGGGUUCUUUUGUCAGUUUGCCAACUGAAUGAUGAGCUACCAGAGAAGGAUCCUGAUUGAUGGAAAUUGUCAUGUCCGUUCUGUAUUGAUGAGGAUUGAUUAUUUUGAGAUGUUUGGUUGUGGAUAACUUGGUUUAAUGAUAGCCAUGGAGAUUGAUUACAUUUUGGGGAUUAGGCUGGAACAUGAUCAUGUUCAAUAGAAUACUAGCAUAGAUGACCAUCUUGUGGGAUUUUUGAUGAAGAUUGAUGCAUUCAGGUUUAUGGGAGGGCAUGUGAUGGUUAUUAUGGAACCCCUAUCUUUGAGUGUGGCAAAUAGUGAUCAGAGCUCAACUUACUAGAUAUCAGUUACGGUUUAGAAGAUUCCUCUAUUUUCUUUAAGAACUCUUUGCAAAAUCAAACAUAUUGGGAUCCCUUAGUAUUCCAUAUUACAAAGUGAAAGUGAUGUUGGAGAGAGAUACGGGCCGUCCGCGUGGAUUUGGAUUUAUUACAUUUGCGGAUCGUCGAGCCAUGGACGACGCUAUCAGGGAGAUGCAUGGACGGGACUUUGGUGACCGUGUCAUCUCGGUGAACAAGGCCCAACCUAAAAUGGGAGGGGAUGAUUCAGAUCAUGGCUACAGAGGAGGCUAUUCGACUGGCAGCAGAGGAGGCUAUGGGGGAGGAGACAGGCCUGCUGGACAAGACGAGUGCUUCAAGUGUGGGCGUUCAGGGCAUUGGGCUAGAGAUUGCCCUUCAGCUGGUGCCCGAGGUGGCGGUGGAGGUUUAUUAUCUUCACGUUCUAGGUUUGGAGGAGCUGGAGAUCGUGGGGAUCGUUUUGGUGGAGAUCGUGAUCGAUACAUGGAUGAUCGCUAUGAUGGAGGUCGCUAUGGUGACAGGGAUCGUUUUGAAAGUAGAGACAAGUAUGGGGGGCGUGAUCGCUAUGCUAGUGACAGGUACCCCCCACCCAAUGGAGAUCGAUUUGCUGGAGAUAGGUACAGUGGGUCAGAUCGCUAUGCACAGAAUGGCUAUGGCAAAGACAGGGGCUAUGAUAGGGAUGGUGGUCCCCGAGGGGGCAAUGAUAGGUAUGGAAGUGGAGGGCCAUCACGCAAUGAUAGGAGCUACAAGAACAGGCCAGGACCUUAUGACCGCCCUAGCAGAGGAGGACGCCCAUCUUCCUUUGAGCGGUACUAAUUGGUAGCUUGUGAUCAGUGUCAUCACACUUGUAGGUCUGUCGUAUUUUAUUUAUCCAGUUUGAACAGGCUGUAAUGUCGGGUGGAUGGUAUGUGUUUAAUUCUCUAUCCGGCAAGUGUCAUGUAGGACCGAUGUAAUUGAUAAGAAAUGGCAGCGCUGAUGCUGAUCUGAUUUUUUUU